UAGAGCCAGGUCAAACCAUCUGUAUGUCUCGAGAAGAGUUUAUGCAGAGGAUGACAGAGAUUGUUGGUUGGGGCACAAAGGAGGAAUACGGGAAGUUCUUUGACAAAGUGGAUGUGGCCCAAGAUGGCUUCAUUAACUGGGACAAGCUGACUUCAUUUAUGCUGUUAACACUUUAUGAAAACGACGAACGAGCAAAGGCGACUGCGGUUCCCCAGUGGAAAGACCUUAAGUUCCUCCCAGGGAAACACAAGGACACCAUUCAAAAAGUCAUUUUCUUAAAGAAUUCAAGUCGUUAUCUGACCAUCAGUCAGGAAGGUUCAUUAGGAAUCUGGGGAGAGAAUUUAAAGCUGCAAAAAACAUUCCCCAUCACGUCAGAUGCCACCAAGCUUAAACACCUGUGGGUGACAAGUCUGGUUUCUCUGGAAAAUGUAAACAAGAUAGCGGUGGCUUUUACAAGGAAAGAGAUUUGUUUUUAUGAUCUGCUGUCCAAAGAACAAUUUCCUUGUCAAUAUAAACUCCAAGGCCUGAAAGGAACACCAAUUUGCAUGGAUUAUUGGUAUGACCCUCUUGAUGCCAAUGAAUCAAUUCUGUCUUUUGGGGACAUAACUGGAAAGGUUCAAGCCAUUGUUUUCACGACAGCCUUGAUUUCCCUGUUUGAGCGUCCCGCUAGUGCAUGUGAAAAUGAAGAAGCCACUGUGACCAUUAACUGGGCAGAACUGCUUUCUGGAUAUCACAAGUGUUGCUAUACGUUAGAGCACAAACUUCAUCGUGGAGAGUGGGUCAGGCAAGUUACUUACAAUGCCUCUUUAGAUGCCAUCAUUUCCAGCACAACCAACAGUACAAACACUGUGGUGCUGGCUUGGAGAGAAAAACCAAAAAAGCAUCUUCAAAUGACAUCUUUCAACAUUGCCCAGGGCAUUCAUGCUUUUGAUUACCACUCUCGGCUCAAUUUAAUUGCAACUGCUGGCAUUAACAACAAAGUCUGCCUUUGGAACCCCUAUGUGGUCUCUAAGCCAGUUGGUGUUCUCUGGGGUCACUCCGCCAGUGUAAUAGCUGUCCAAUUCUUUGCUGCAAGAAAACAACUUUUCAGCUUCUCCAAAGAUAAAGUUUUGAGACUCUGGGAUAUUCAGCACCAGCUGUCCAUCCAGAGGAUAGCGUGUUCUUUCCCCCAAAGCCAGGACUUCAGAUGCCUCUUCCACUUUGAUGAAGCCCACGGUCGACUUUUCAUCUCAUGUAAUCACCAGCUGGCACUGUUGGCCAUGGAGCGGGAAGCCAGCACGAGGGUGAAAAGCCACAAGAGCGCCGUCACCUGUGUUCUUUACCAUUCGGUCUUGAGGCAGGUAAUCAGCUCUGAUGUGGGGUCAACAGUUUGCUUCUGGAUGAUAGACACUGGGCAGAAAAUCAAACAAUUUACUGGUUGUCAUGGAAAUGCAGAAAUCAGCACUAUGGCCCUUGAUGCAAAUGAGACACGGCUUUUGACUGGCAGCACAGAUGGAACUGUUAAGGUGUGGGAUUUCAAUGGAUAUUGUCACCAUACACUAACUGUUGGAAAAGAGGGAGUUGUGGACAUUUCACAGAUCCUGGUUCUUAAGAAGACAAUACUGGUUACAGGCUGGGACAGGGCUAUAACCGUGUUUCGACCUCAGAACUUCAAUCAAUUUUUCAUCCACCCGGAGGAAUGGGAAGGAGGGAUACAGCACCGGGAUGAUAUCAUUUGUGCUGCGUUCUUACCUCCACAAACGCUUGCUACAGGGAGUUAUGAUGGAGAAAUUGUUCUGUGGAACAACAGCACAGGAAAUGCUCACUAUGUCCUUCAUCCCGAUUACCAGAGGCUGCUACAAUCAAAAUCAGAGCCUCAAAAGCUCCUGAGUGCUGGGAGGAGCUGCUCCAGCCGCCCCACAGCAGAGCAGGCUACCCUGGGAGCCAGCUCCUAUGAGACUGGCACCGAGUGCGAUAACGCUGUGAUGAGGCUUUGCUUCCUUGAAGCAAGAAAAAACACUGCAGCGACAGGAGGUGCUAACUUGGUGUCAUGUGGAGGAUCUGGGUAUGUCAGACUCUGGGAUACAUUUAAGAAACAACUUCUGGCUGAAUUUUUGGCUCAUCGUGGAGUUGGAUCUAUUAUUAUGGCUACUGAUAAACUGAAUCGAUACCUCGCCACAGGAGAUCUUGAUGGAUGUUUGAAAAUAUGGAAUAUAGAGGCAAAGCAUUGGCAAAUUGAAAGCUGUUUUUCUUUCCCUAAGAAGGAUAAUAAUUUAAUGGAAAGUGAGAUUCAAGAAGAAAGUAUAAGGGAAACUGCUUCACUUUCUAACAAGGAAUCAUGCUUAGACCCAACAGAACAUUCUCUACUUGAUAAAAAAGACAAAGAUGAGCCAACAUACAAUGUCGGAUCAUCAGAAGUUAUAAAUUUAGCUAUAAAAUAUAAGGAAAGAAAUAUAUAUAAGAAAAAAACACAUAACCUUUACAGCAGUGAAGUUCUACAAAAAUCAUCCAGCGUAUUUAGGUCAUUAAGCAUCGGAGUCCUGAAAGAGCUACCGGAAGUGAACAAACCAGCUUUUCUUCUGGACCCUGAGAAAUACUUUAGGGAAGAGCCAGAGGAGGCGUGUCCCCAAACUCCAGAGCCCCCAUCGCUCUCUGAGACUUUGAAAGCUGUAUUUGUUGAGAAAAACCUGUUUCCCAAAGACUUUCUGGAUCGUGAAAGAAGAGCCAAGCAAUUAUGUCAAGAAACAAGUAGUGAAGUGAAUAUAAAAAGAAAUAAGAAGUAUUCGGAAAUAUUUAUGAUAGAAUACAUUGGUAUUCUGAUGUAG